AUGGUUUCUGCAGAUAAGUUUUUUGAUGAAAUUGUGGAGAAAGGGUUCCAACCCAAUUUCAUUACUUAUGGCACUAUAAUGAAUGGACUAUGCAAAAUUGGAAACACUAGUGCUGCUAUUCUUCUGCUCAGAAAGAUGGAAGAAAUAGGAGGUUGUGAGCCUGGACUAGUGGAAUACAGCAUGGUCAUCGAUAGCCUUUGCAAGGGCACACUAGUUACCGAGGCUUUGAAGCUCUUUUCGAAAAUGAUAGGUAAAGUUGAUGCACUUUGUAAAGAAGGAAAGGCCAACAAAGCACAAGCUGUUGUUCAAUUGAUAAUCCAAAGAGGUGUGGUGCCUGAUGUUGUCACUUAUAGUGCUGUAAUGGAUGGGUAUUGUCUGUGUGGCCAAGUAGGUGAGGCAAGGAAAAUGUUUGAUAUUAUGGUCAGUAGGGGUUGUGCUCUUAAUGUUUUCACUUAUAAUAUCUUGAUAAAUGGGUACUGUAAGAUCAAAAACAUAGAUGAAGCCAUGAAUCUCUUUAAGGAAAUGUCUCAAAAAGGAUUGCUUCCUGAUACUAUUACCUACACCACUCUUAUUUGCGGCUUGUGCCAAACAAGAAGACCUCAAGAUAUUGAAACAGCUGGAUUAGUUCCUAAUAUUGUUGUAUCUAAUAACCUAAUACAUGGUAUGUGCAAAACUGGGAAGCUCGAUGAUGUAAGAAAACUCUACUUGUAUCUUUCUGCUAAUAGGUUUAAACCUGAUGUCCGUACAUACAAUAUAAUGAUCAGUGGGCUUUGCAAGGGAACGCUACUUGAUGAAGCAAGCGAGUUGCUAAUGAAAAUGGAAGAAGAGGGAUGCUCGCUAGAUUUUUACUCGUAUAAUAAAUUGGUUCAAAGAUUUGUACAAAAUAAUGGAAUGCAGAAAGCAUUGCAACUGCUUCACGUAAUGGAUGAUAGAGCUAUCUUUGUGGACCCAUGCAAUGUAACCUUGCUAGUUAACUUGUUGUCUGAUGAUCGAUUAGAUAAUUCAUCAAAGGAAAUGCUUCGUGUGUUUUUUGGAACUCCUUCAUUUUCCAAGUAA